UCCUCCUCUUCCUCGAUAUUUCGUCAAAGACCACGAUCGCCGAGCAAUCGCCCGCUCAAAGCAAGGAAGGAUGAUGUCAUCUGAAAAGGUGAUCUUCUUCCGGAAGAAGAGUCAGAUCAAAGCAGAGAAAGCUGGAGAUGAAGACGAAGACGAAGAGGACGACACCUCCUCUUCCGGAUCGUCCCUUAUAUCAGACGAAGAUCGAGAGGAGAGGGAUGAAAGGGGAGAACAAGGAUCGGUACAAGCUCAGGGACGGUGCAGACUGCGGGAACAUAUUAGAGAGACCCUUCGCAAGGCUCAAGGAGUAAAACAAACGUUCUCCUUGACCCUUGUCUUGGCCCAUACCAUCUUGGACGAGCUUGGAGAGUCAAAUGGCCGGCAGGGUGACUGGACCGCCCUUGUCAGCUGUCUCAAGGCGCUUCAGAAGGGCUUCGAGACUAGUUUGAACGGGUCGUCUGGUCCAAAAAGGCAAGUACUGAAGUCUUCAAUCGAGCGACUACGAACGCGCCUCGAGGUCCUGUUCGAAGACCCUGCAACCCAGUCUCGCGACUAUAAGUCGAGUCUGAGGAGGGAUCAAGCGCGAGCCCUAAACGUGUGCCAUCAGCUACACCGAAAACAUUGGAGAGAUGCACAGCGCUCGCGUUUGGAGCUGCGACGACGGCGAAAGUGGUUGAUGGGCGACGAGUGCCUGCGCACCUCCAUCGAGGCCAAAGUCUUUGAUCCAACCCUCACAAUCAUUUGCCUCGGCGUCAUGGUCGUGCCUUCCACCGCUACAGAGGACGAGAAUGAAGAUACGCUGGAGGAAAACGAAAUGCUCGGGAAAUUUUCCAACGACAUGCCUCAUACCCUCGCGCUAGGCUGGGAUGACAUAGAGCAACUCACGAUAUGUGGCGACGAUCGGACGUGGUACAUGUGCCUCUCGGAGCUGGCGAUGCACUUGCGCAACGUGAGGCAGCUGCAUUUUCGAACACAUGCCGGGACCGACACCAGCAACGACUAUCUCGUUCUCCCUCCGACCACAGCGUGCAUGCGCUCGCUCGUUGAUGUGGACAUCGAUCGGGUCCGGAAUUGCCAAUCUCGCAAUCUGAGCUUCCAACUAGGUCUUGAAUCGCUCGGCCUCAAAGAUGUGCUUGAACAAAAAGAUCGUGUGGAAUGUCGCAAUAAGGCCCUGCCGUCACUUCGAGCACUCUGCGUUAUCCGAUCAUGUCAAGAACUUCCCCUCGAAAGCCGGACAGAGCUGUUUCGGCUCUAUCCUAAGCACAUCAACGCUCUCGUCAAGGCAACUUACGUCUGCGUCUCGUGUCAAAAAAUUGUCUCGCCGUCAGACGGAGAAGUUGCCUCGAUGGUCGCAAGGGGGGACCUCGAUGAGCUUGUUGGCCCCAAUCGCUUCCUCCUCGCCGAUUGGAGAGAAAAGAAGUUGGCAGCGCUCGAGUCAUCCAGAAUUUUGCCGCCUCUUUACGAAGGUUUUCAUUUCGUACCAAAGCGGCAGCGGCACAUGCGAACCAGCUCGCUCGAUCACGACGAUGCAAAGCAUGUGGUCGGUGCUAUGGCACAAUCAAAGGCAAAUGGCAAACCGGUUCUCUUCCUCGCCGGCAGGGGCCAUUGGCUAGUAGGGGAGCCGUCCCACUGGGCAGAUUGGCGUUUUUGUCGUCGCUGUGCUUUGGCUCACCUCAACAGCGACGCCAUUGAUCGACAAGGGCCGCAUGAAUGCCGUUGCCUUAUCUGUCGCUCAUAGUCGCGAUUCCCUCACCUGGAAUUUCACUUCUUCAGCUACUCACGCACGCAUCAUGUAUCAAAUUCAAGCGCACGCAUCCUUAAAAUGACCCCAAGAGAUACCCAU